AUGACAUAUUCCGUUUUCAAUGUUAAAUAUUCGGAGCGAUUUAGCAGCAGUAAGCCUUAUGUAUUUUUCACUACAGGUAGAUUUUCGGUAUUACAUAUAUGGAAAUAUCAAAUGUUUAAAAAGCAGUAUGAACAAGAAGGACAUGUAGAUGAAGAAGGAGCAAUAGGUUGUACCAGGCUGACCAACAGUAACGUGAACUACGACAUGGCACAGACCCCAUACGAUGUGUUAGGAGUAGAGAAGGAUGCUACUGAGGUGGAGAUCAGGAAGGCAUAUAGAAAGCUGGCAUUGAAAUACCAUCCGGACAAAAUCAUCGAUGAAGCCGAAAGAGAGACUAGUGAAGCUAUGUUUAAAGAGGUGACAGCUGCCUAUGAGAUUCUUAGCGAUCCUGAGUUGAAGUCCAGGUAUGAUAUGUAUGGGGACUCUGCGUUUGGAUCUGGAGGCAAUGGGUUCCCCGAAGAUGAUCACGAAUUUGAUGAUUUCAUGAAUUUCUUCCAGCAGUACCAGAGACAGCAACACGGACCUCACGCAAGCUAUUCAAACAGACACCAGUAUGGCGAACCAGAGAGCAAACGGACUCCGGACUCGAGAAUAUCUUAUAAGAUGACUACACGACAGUUAUACAUGGGUAAGACAGUAACGUUCCAACUGAAACGGAAAUGUCUAUGUCCUCACUGCAGUGGUACGGGGUUGAGAAAGAAGCAUUUCCAGAAACCAGAGAUUUCCUGUACAUCUUGUAAUGGACAAGGUUUCAAAGAACGGAUCACUCGUCUUGCUGGUGGAUAUAUGGUAAAGGACCAUACUGUAUGUGACGCUUGUAAGGGGAAGGGCAGAUACAGGAAAAAAUCCGCCUCUGACACUUGUAAGCAUUGUUCUGGUAAAGGACUCAUCAACGAAGAAAAAUCUCAAACUGUAUAUAUUCCAAGAGGUUCUCGUCAUGGGGAUGAGUUUAGACUACCACAGAUGGCCGAUAUGGAAUACGGGAAGGAAACUGGGGACGUUAUCAUCGUUAUUGAUGAAGAUUCCUCUAAGUCUCAUUUAGAACGGAAGAGUAAUGACUUGCAUACAACGUUAAACAUUUCGUUAGUAGAUGCGUUAACAGGUUUCUCUACAAUUGUUUGUGAAACUUACGAUAACAGAAGAUUACGUGUAAAUGUACCCGCGGGUAAAGUUAUUAGGCCAGGAAAUUACUUCAAGUUUAAAGGCGAAGGUUGGCCCUUAUCCAAUGGCGAUAGUUUUGGUGAUAUGUACGUCCAGAUAAACAUAGAGUUCCCCAAGGAUAAUUGGUUCAAUGAGAAAUCUGAGAUAACUGCUUUGAGAAAUAUACUCCCCGGGUUAAAGUCAAAGGAUACUAAGGACCCAGAUCCUCUAAAUACAGAAGACGUCUUGAGUUAUUCUGUUUUGCAUUCUCACGACGAGUUGCCGGAUUAUUUGGCAGAGGAGAAAGAAAAAUACAACAGAAAACAACAAGAAGAACCACAUGCUAGUGCGUUCGAUAAUGAUUAUACACAAAUGCCGUCUGAAUGUGCUACCCAAUAA